AUGAGGCUUUUUCUCAUCCGGCAUGCAGAAACAGUGCAUAAUGUAGCCCAGGCAUGGGCGGGCACCACGGACUCAGCCCUGACAAACCACGGCACACUACAGAUAGAAUCUCUUGCGAAGCAUUUCGCUUCCAAAUCAAUUCAAUUCGAUCGAGUCUUUGCAUCGGAUUUGAGCCGGGCCAGUCUCACAGCUACAGGCAUUUGCCUUCAUCAGCCGCAGGAUCAUGAUAUACCAAUGACACCAAUAUUAACGUCCGACUUGCGAGAAAGAGACUUCGGUUCAUUAGAAGGCGUCCGUAUCCAGCCUGCAAAGGAGUCUGUACCAGGAAGUGCAGGUCCUAAGAAUACUCAGUUUGAAGGCUCUACACAUAUCGAAAGCGAGACAAAGAUCUCAAUGAGAGAACGAGCAACAUCAUUUCUAAACGAGCACUUUUUACCGUUACUAUUCGAUUAUUCGGGCAUUGAUUCAAAUAUCGCCAUCGUCUCCCAUGGAGUCUUUCUACGUGUUCUAUGGAACCGACUUGUCGACCUCUUUGGUCCCAUGGACAUUUCUCUGGCGACAGGCGAUGCCUCCCGAGAUCAUGGCCCAGCAGCUCUUUUCUCGCCAAGCUGGUCCAAUACAGGAUUCAUGACACUAUUGAUCCAGCCCAGCCAGACACCGCAAGAGCGUAAUACUCGUCCCAGCACGGAUGCCCUCCUGAACGGUUGGACUAUGAAGAUUGUUGCCGUUGACAGUAAAGAGCAUCUAGCGGGUCUACACCGGACCCGCGGAGGCAUUGGCAGUGCUAUACAUGAUUCCCGCCAGAAGCGAAUUGAUCAGUUUUUCAAGCGAUAA